CGCGUUUACGGUAUUGCUAUGCAUGUUUACUGUCGUCACAUCACACCCAAACAUGUCCGUGGUUAACGUGUGUUAUCUCGACCACAAGCGAGUUGACAGGUGUUGGUCGUUGGUCAGUGGUAUACCUCAACCGCACAGCCACAGUAGGACUAGACCUGUACUUAGAAGCAAGCCUUUUGCCAUCGCUAGGUAUCUUGUCUGGUAGCUUAAAGACCAGACUGCCAAACACUCCAGCAAUAUUGGCAGUUAUUUCUCUCAUCCAAUAUCUAAGUUGCUACUCAAUGCAUAAUACUUCAAAGGGUCAAGGGGCAAAUCUCUCUGGGCCAGCUGACCAGGCUGGGCCACAAAGGUCCACCGAUAAAGAUGAAUGCAGUCUGUUGAGUACCCUUAUCCGGGACAACCCUAAAGGAAGGCGAGCUUCAAGUGUUGAGCUCCAGCUCCCGUGGACCUGCCCUGUCACACACUCCCGCGAAAAGUUCUACACAGUCUGCUCUGAUUAUGCUCUUCUCAACCAGGCUGCCUCAGUAUACUGUCCCCCAAACACAUCUAGGGAUGUCGUCCCUAACAAGCACGAUGGGCCCCCUUGUUUGAAGCCCAAAACCUCUACUGAGGUCAACCAAGGUCUGCCCACAGGUGCUAAUGCAGCUUCGGCUGGGGAUUGUGAUAUGGAAGAAGUGUCCUGCAGCAAUACAAAACCUGUUUUGGCCUGGGAGAUUGACACAAGAGACUUUGAUGCUGUACUUACCAGAAAAACAAGAACAAGUAAUAUAAAAAAAUUCAGCUCAAAAAAGAUGAAGUCAUCAGACAGACCUAGCCGAAACCUGCAGGAACUUCCUCCUCAUGCCUCACUGGAAGAGAUCAGACAGAGGAAAGUACUGGACCUUAGAAGAUGGUACUGCAUUAGCCGGCCCCAGUACAAAACUUCUUGUGGAAUUUCUUCAUUGGUGUCCUGCUGGAACUUCUUGUACAGCACAUUAGGAGCAGGGAGUCUUCCACCGAUCUCUCAGGAGGAGGCACUGCAUAUUCUAGGGUUUCAACCACCCUUCGAGGAGAUUAAGUUUGGCCCUUUCACUGGCAAUGCCACUCUUAUGCGAUGGUUCAGGCAAAUCAAUGACCAUUUUAGAGUACGAGGUUGCUCCUACAUUCUUUACAAACCACAUGGAAAACACAAGACAGCAGGAGAAACGGCUGAAGGAGCAUUGUUAAAAUUGACACAAGGGCUGAAGGAUGAGUCAAUGGCCUAUAUUUACCAUUGCCAGAACCACUACUUUUGCCCAGUGGGCUUUGAAGCAACGCCGCUCAAAGCACCUAAGGCUUAUAGGGGGGCUUUACCAUUAAAUGAAAUGGAACACUGGAUUCUAAUUGGGGAACCCAGUAGGAAGCACCCAGCCAUUCACUGUAAAAAAUGGUUGGAUAUUGUGACUGACCUCAACACACAAAAUCCAGAAUACCUGGACAUUCGUCACACAGAGAGGGGUAUUCAGUGUCGCAAAACCAAAAAGGUUGGUGGAAACCUUCACUGCAUCAUGGCUUUCCAGCGGGUGAAUUGGCAAAAGCUUGGUCCCUGGGCACUGAAUCUGGAAAAUCUGCGCCACGACUUGCACCCCUCCUCUGCAGAGCGGGCCCAUGGAAGUAUGGUUGAGGGCACAGAGGAGAAGACCUCAGCCAAGCGUCUUGCCCGCUUGGGACGCUCGCAUAGCAUGGGAAGUCAGAAGGACACCGCCUGGAAACGUCUAUCCAACACGACAGAGUACAGGCAGAGGAGCUCCCCUGAGAGCGAUCUUGAAGAAGAUAUCACAGACUGAGACUGCUCGUUGCCUCAGGGAGACACGUUUAACUAUUUAAAUCGAA